AUGUCCUUCCACGCUCUUCGAGCCCAAUAUGCCUCGCUUCUGAAGCAGUUUAUUGCAUCCACAAAAGAAUUCGAGGUCCUCACCAGCAUCCCCACCGAUCCCUCCCCGCCUGCAGAGACACUCUAUGUCCUAGACUCGUCCUUUAACCCGCCGACUCUCGCUCAUCUCCGCAUUGCGAGCUCCGCUCUCCAGGAACGGCUGCAGCCAACCUCGCGCCUGCUUUUGCUUCUGGCUACACAGAAUGCUGAUAAGCCAUCCAAGCCCGCCUCGUUCGAGGAUCGGCUCAUCAUGAUGGAGCUGUUCGCACACGAUUUGCGCUCACACUUGGCCACGACAGCAACCUCUACAUCAUCGGGACAUGCACACCCCACUACACAUCUUCCCUCGAUUGACAUAGGCGUAACGAAAAAGCCGUAUUUCGUCGACAAAGCUGCGGCGAUCGAGGCAGCUGGGACCUAUCCCACCCCACUCGAGCAGGUCCAUCUAACGGGCUACGAUACCCUGAUCCGCAUUCUCAAUCCCAAGUACUACCCGCCCGAGUAUAAUCUGCAGCCUCUCAAUGUGCUCUUCUCGCGACAUCGACUGCGCGUCAGAAUGCGGCCGGAUGACGAGUGGGGCAGCCCGGAAGACCAGCAGGAGUUUGUGGCUGCUCUGGCGCGCGGUGACCGCGAGAACGAGGGUGGUCGGCGGGAGUGGGCUGAACGCAUCCACCUCGUCCCCGGCAAGACACCCGGGGAACCGCCUGUGAGCUCCACCAAAGCACGGGAGGCGGUGCAGGCGACGUCCCAGGACCUCGACUGGCUGGUCCCAGAUCGUGUCCGGGACUUUAUGCGCUCAGAGCAACCGUAUUCCAGGGACCGCUGA